AUGAGAAAAUACGACCUAGCGUCGCUUUACUACACACAAAACCAACCUCCUGUGCCACUCCCUGUUCAUACACAACCGUUACCACAACAAAUUGAACCAAUACAAUAUCGACCAAAUGUAUCACACAAUUUGUUCCAACCAUUAACCCUUCAACAAAAGGAAUAUCCAAAUAAUCAAACAAUACAGGUAGAAACUUUCAAAACAAGCAACAAUACGUCAUCAUUUUUUGAUGAAAAUUUUGGCGAUUUUGUGGAAAAAAAGAAACCAAAAACACCAAGAGAACCAAACAACACGAAAGUUGAUGCGGCCAAGGCAAAUGACAUUUUUUAUUUGGUCAACGAAAAAAGAAAGGAAGAAAUGCAACAAAAGGAUGUGAAAGCUGAGAACAACACACAGAGCAUUUUUGACAAUUUUGGUUUUGACGACGAUGUAAAAGAACAAAAAGUCGCCCCAACAAACACACCAAAGAAAAUCAAUUAUUUUGAUUUGCUGAGUGAAACACCAGAAAACGAUGAAAAACAGGAACAAAAAAUCGAAGAAAAAGGUGAAGAGCCCAAAGUGAUUGAAAUGACCGAUUUUGUGUUAUACAAAGUGCCUGAAGCCAAACCCAACGAAGAAAAUGUUUCGAACAACCAAAUUCAACCCCACACUGAAACACAAAAAGAGAUCAAUUUCGAUGACUUCGAUUUUGACAAAUUUGUCGAAGCACCAAAAACACAAGAGGUUAUGCCAGCAAAAUCAGAGGCAAGACCAUUGAACGCACUUGAAACCAAAGAGAAAAUAAUACCACAAUUGAAUACACAAAAACAAAAGAAGUUUGAUUUUGUUAUUGAAGACGAGGAAGAAGAACCCAAAACGAGAGAAGAGAAAGUUGAACAUGAGAGCGAAAACCAGUCAGUCAUAACACAAGUUACACUGACACAACAACAAAUAGAAACUCUUAAGAAAGAGAGUUAUAAAAACUAUUUAAACCUCUACGAAAUAGACAAUGAGAAACAUGAAACAAUACUCGAGGAAGAUAAAGUGGCUGUUAAUAAAGACACUUUGAUUGAAAAGAAAGAAAAAAAGCCCAAACCCACACAACAAGACCUUUUCAGUUUCGACUUGAUUGAAUCUGAGAAGAACACAGAAGACGUCAAUGAAAGUCAAAAAAGCGAAGAACUGGUGAUUACUAUGGAACCAAAGCAGGCACCACUGGGUGUCGAUGAAAACUUAUUUGAUUUUGACUUUGAGCCGACCCCAAGAAAUCCAAACAACGUUACAACACAAAACGAACAAAUUGUCGAAAGUAAAGAAGAAAAAACGGUCGACACCCCUAAACCAUUGGACAAUCUUUUCGACUUUGGAUUUGAGCCAACCCCACGAAACACAGAUGGCACUGCAACAGAUGUGGUUCUUGAAAAUGAGUCAAUUGAAAGUGUUGCUGCGAAGGAAGAAAAGAACGAAGUCAAAACACAAACACCAGAAGACUUGUUUGACUUUGGAUUUGAAGCAACCCCACGAAUGCAAGAGACCCCAGAACCCGUUGUUGAACAUAAAGAAGUUGUCGAUGAAUUCAAACAAGAUCAUCCAACUGGGAAAAAAGAAGGAGAAAAUGUCACAGAAAAUAGACAACAAGGUGUGGAAGAGGAAAGUACUCCAAUUGAUAAGAAAGAGCAACCAAUCCAUAAGUACAGUUGUUUGUUUGAUGUUGAACAACCUGCUUUACCACAACCACAAAACGAUUUAUUAACCCUCGACGUUUCACAACAAAGUUUUGAUCCGACUGAUGCACAGAUAGAAGAGAACGUCAAGACAGGAGAAAAUGAGCAGAGGGAAAUAAGUAAUGAGGUGGGAGAAACACCAAAGGAAACGACAAGUGUGAAUAAUGCCAUAGCAGAAGGUACUGUUAAAAGAGACGAGAAGAAAACAGACGAAAGUAUAUUUGACUUCGAGAUAACACCAAACAAUGGAAACAACACAACACCACCAAUACAAGUAAUUGACACAAAAGAAGAGAUGAAGAAUGAGAGUCCAAAAGUAGUGGAAGACAUGUUUGGAGUCCAAAUUUCAAAGUCUACAGAAGAGAACAAACCAAUGAAGUCACAAGAAACGGAAAGCCAAAAGAUGAACCAAUUUGCAACGAAAAGUCCGUUGCCAAAAAUUGUCAGCCCACUCCCUCUUUUCGAAAUGGAGACCGAGCCACAACAACAAAAACUAAGGAACGACGCACUCUUCGAUUUCGACUUCGAGCCACAACAAGGUGAAACAAUUCAUCAAGCAACAGAAGAAACACAACCAACUGAAAGUGGUGUGAAUAAAAGUGUCACUGGUUCAAGCCCGGCUAUUGAAAUUGGUGAUAAUGAACAAAAUCAACAUGAAACGCCAGAGGCAGUGGAAAAUAAGCAAACAACAGCGUCACAACACGACAUCAGUGUUGAGCAGUUCUUUUUCUAA